GAUAUGUUUGCAAGAAACUAUGGGUCCAAAAAAGAGUAGCAGAGAAACUAUGGGUCCAAAAAAGAGUAGCAGAAGAUGGCAAAUACACCCAGCUGCUUAUCAGUAAGAUUCUUAAUCCAGUCCAUGGUCCUCAGAAUGUAGAGGUUGUAGAUAUCCGAUCACGUCAGUUGACUUUGCAAUGGGAACCUUUUGGUUAUGCUGUAACUCGUUGCCACAGCUAUAACUUGACAGUUCAUUACCAGUACAUAUUCAACCAGCAGAAAUAUGAAGCAGAGGAACUAAUUCAGACAUCAUCACAUUACACGUUGCGAGGAUUACGCCCCUUCAUGACCAUUCGAUUGCGGUUGGCUCUUUCAAAUCCAGAGGGCAAGAUGGAGAGUGAAGAAUUGGUGGUGCAGACAGAAGAGGAUGUUCCUGGAACUGUUCCCCUUGAAUCUAUUCAGGGAGGACCCUUUGAAGAGAAGAUCUAUGUUCAGUGGAAGCCACCAAAUGAAACCAAUGGAAUAAUUACCCUCUAUGAGAUUACCUACAAGGCUGUUGGAUCUCUAGAUCCUACUGCUGACUUGUUGAACCAGAGAGGAAAAGUCUUCAAAUUAAGGAAUGAAACUCACCACCUCUUUGUAGGGUUAUACCCAGGAACUACCUAUUCAUUCACCAUUAAAGCCAGCACAGUAAAGGGUUUUGGACCUCCCAUCACCACACGGAUUGCAACUAAAAUUUCAGCCCCAUCAAUGCCAGAAUAUGAUUCUGACACCCCUCUGAAUGAAACAGAGACCACCAUUACAAUCAUGCUGAAGCCUGCACAGUCUCGUGGUGCACCGGUCAGUGUCUACCAGCUUGUUGUAAAAGAAGAACGGCCACAGAAAUCACGAAGAGCUGCAGACAUCAUUGAAUGUUUCUCUGUUCCAGUGAGCUACAAAAAUGCUUCAAGUCUUGACUCCCCCCAUUACUUUGCAGCUGAGUUGAAACCAGUCAAUCUUCCAGUUACACAACCUUUCACAGUGGGAGACAACAAAACCUACAAUGGCUAUUGGAAUGCUCCACUUUCACCAUUGAAAAGCUACAGCAUUUACUUUCAGGCUCUUAGUAAAGCAAAUGGGGAAACCAAAAUAAAUUGUGUCCGGCUAGCCACCAAAGCAGUAAUAGGUAGGCAACAGGUGACCACCCGAAACCCACCCAGCCUCAUGAGCACAGGAGCUUCUACACAGAAUUCUAAUGUGGUGGAACCAGAAAAACAGGUUGAUAAUACGGUGAAAAUGGCUGGAGUUAUAGCUGGUCUUCUGAUGUUUGUUAUUAUCCUUUUGGGAGCAAUGCUUACAAUCAAAAGGAGGAGCGGUGCAAUAGAUCCAAGAAGAAAUGCAUAUUCCUACUCCUAUUACUUGAAACUAGCCAAAAAGCAAAAAGAGACCCAAAGCAGCAGUCAACGAGAAAUGGGGCCUGUUGCUGCUUCAGACAAGACUGCUACAAAAAGUGCCGCUCACAAUGAAGACACUUUCACUUCAGGCUGCCAAGAUGUUAAUGGAUUCAACAAUAGCCAUGGGGAGAUGACUCAACCGACCCUGACAAUCCAGACCCAUCCCUAUCGAAGCUGUGACCCAGUGGAAAUGUCCUAUCCCAGGGGACAGUUCCAGCCAGCAAUCCGAGUGGCCGACUUGUUGCAGCACAUCACUCAGAUGAAACGGGGACAGGGCUAUGGAUUUAAAGAGGAGUAUGAGGCUCUACCUGAAGGGCAGACAGCAUCUUGGGACACCGCCAAAGAAGAUGAAAACCGCAAUAAGAAUAGAUAUGGCAACAUCAUCUCCUAUGAUCACUCCAGGGUGAGACUGCAAUUACUAGAUGGAGAUCCUCAUUCAGAUUACAUUAAUGCAAAUUAUAUUGAUGGAUACCAUCGGCCUCACCAUUACAUUGCAACUCAAGGGCCAAUGCAAGAGACAGUGAAGGAUUUUUGGAGGAUGAUCUGGCAGGAGAAUUCAGCAAGUGUUGUCAUGGUCACCAACCUGGUGGAAGUUGGCAGGGUGAAGUGUGUCAGAUACUGGCCUGAUGACACAGAAGUCUAUGGAGAUAUCAAAGUGACCUUAAUUGAAACAGAACCAUUGGCAGAAUAUGUCAUACGUACUUUUACAGUCCAAAAAGUAAGGAUACAUUGGUCCUAUUUUCCUCAUCAACUAAUUUGUUUCUCAACAAACUCACUGUUAUGCCUUUCCAUGGUUCAUUGAUGAAAUCCUUGUUCUGGUUUCCAUCUCUCUUUCAGUGCCGGUGCUGGGAGGACAGGGUGCUUUAUUGCCAUAGACAUCAUGCUUGACAUGGCAGAAAAUGAAGGUGUGGUGGAUAUAUUUAAUUGUGUGAGAGAGUUGCGAUCCCAGAGAGUUAACUUGGUGCAGACAGAGGAGCAGUAUGUGUUUGUUCAUGAUGCCAUUCUGGAAGCGUGCCUUUGUGGCAACACUGCCAUUCCUGUUUGUGAAUUCAGAUCUAUAUACUACAACAUCAGCAGAUUGGAUCCACAGACAAAUUCCAGUCAGAUAAAAGAUGAAUUCCAGACCCUUAAUAUUGUUACUCCUCGAGUACGUCCAGAAGAUUGCAGCAUUGGGCUUUUGCCAAGGAAUCAUGAUAAGAAUCGCUGCAUGGAUGUACUUCCUUUGGAUCGGUGCCUCCCCUUUCUUAUUUCUGUUGAUGGAGAAUCAAGCAACUAUAUUAAUGCUGCACUCAUGGAUAGCCACAAGCAACCUGCUGCCUUUAUAGUUACUCAGCAUCCGUUGCCCAACACUGGAGCUGAUUUCUGGAGGCUUGUGUUUGAUUACAACUGUUCUUCUGUUGUGAUGCUGAAUGAAAUGGAUGCUGCUCAACUUUGUAUGCAGUACUGGCCAGAGAAGACAUCUUGCUGUUAUGGGCCAAUCCAAGUGGAAUUUGUCUCUGCUGACAUAGAUGAGGAUAUUAUUAAUCGGAUAUUUCGGAUCUGCAACAUGGCAAGGCCGCAAGAUGGGUACCGUAUUGUUCAACACUUGCAGUAUAUUGGCUGGCCAGCAUAUAGAGACACUCCUCCUUCUAAGCGCUCUCUCCUGAAAGUGGUCAGGCGGUUGGAAAAGUGGCAGGAGCAAUAUGAUGGGCGAGAUGGUCGGACUGUGGUUCAUUGCCUGAAUGGUGGUGGCCGCAGUGGCACCUUCUGUGCCAUAUGUAGUGUGUGUGAAAUGAUCCAGCAGCAAAAUAUCAUUGAUGUAUUUCACAUAGUGAAAACCUUACGGAACAACAAGUCCAACAUGGUGGAGACUUUGGAACAAUAUAAAUUUGUAUAUGAGGUUGCACUGGAAUACUUAAGUUCAUUUUAG